AAUACAUAUUACAUCUAGAUUGCCUGCCGGUCCUGAAAACUAUAGUGAUUAGUGUGACAGUCUCGUGUUAAAUCAUGCAAAACUGUUUUUAAACUUGAAGAGGCAACAUAUUGGAGCAAGUGUGCUGUAGUUGGACGACUUCGUUUUGCGUAAAAAGAAUGUCCUAUACCUCUCUUGGUCGGCGGCUGGUCGCGUGUCUCCUGAACAUCUCAGAGGCGCGGAGACGAGACCUGGUGGAGACAGUGGCCAGAUCAGCUAUCACUGACGCGAACGGAAGAGCGCGUGAGGGAGUAACAGUGCUGAACAUCUUCAACGACUACGACUACAAUCGCUCUGUCAUUACUAUUGUUGCAAGCAUUGACCUAAUAAGAGAGGCUGUAUUGUCAGCAUGUCAACAUGCAUGUUCUAUCAUUGACAUGAAUGCCCAUGAUGGCAUCCACCCAUGUAUGGGUGCUGUGGAUUUGGUUCCUCUUUAUCCGCUCGGAGAGGAGGUAGGCCUGGAGGACUGUGGUCAAGAAGCCCAUGCAUUGGCCAAAGCUCUUACAGAGCGAGUUCCAGGUUCGAGUGCCUUUUUGUUUGGCUGGGCGGAUUCUCAGCAUCGAAGUCUGGCUCAAAGGAGGAAGGGGAUUGGCUGGUUCAAAAAGGCAGAGGACAUAUCAACCAUACAUCCAGAUAUAGGUCCACAGCCCACCAGAAGAUAUGGCAUUACUGGUGUUGGUGCCAGCCCCUAUACAAUGAACUGCAAUGUUACCAUGGAUACUCAGGAUCUGUCCUUGGGCCGGUUUUUGGCAUCAGCAAUACGUGAAUCCAGUCCUAAUGGUAUCCCUGGAGUGCAGGUCAUAGCCUUGCCACAUGAAGGUGCUGUGGAAAUUGCUUGCAAUGUGGAAAGCGUUGAAAAUGGACCCCAGUCUUUGUCUUAUGAAGGGGAGCCAUGGCCAGGUUUCACCAUUAGAGGGCAAAACUUAUAUCAUGCUCCAGCUUCGCUAAUCACAGCACGAGUGGCUGAGCUGGCUAGGCACCAUGGUGUGGCCAUUAAGGGUACAGCAUUGGUAGGCUUUACCCCGUGUGAGUGCCGAAGCAUGGCAGAGGGUGCGCUGUCGAAAGGCAUUGGAGAGUUUUGGAAAAAUCUGCCCCAAAUACACAUGUAAAAAAUAAUCUGUAAUUAUGUGUGAAACCUUGUUUUUAUAGCAGGUUUAAAUGCAGUAUUUAUAAUCACUACCUGUACUUUUGUCAUAAAUAGUGUUAUGACCAUAUUGACGCUUCCUUUAUAGGAAGGAGGUUCUUGGGACUCACGUGUAACAUGGCAUACAAAACCGAUAUUGAAAUUUAAUUUAAUAAAACAUUGUAAACAAUCUACAAAGAUUUAAUAACAGACCCCUCUUUUAUAUCAUCAUAUAUCUUCUGUAUCCACACAGAAGUCAUUCAAGGUGUUAUGCAAGAGUUAUGUUGCAUUUAGACCUUGGGUAAAACGGAGUAUUAUGCAGCAUCUCAUGCUAAGAGACAAAAUUAUAAAUCAGUAUUGAAUGUUUGUAAUCAAUUGUCAAUGCUAAAAGCUGUUCAUAGAUUUAAAAUAACAUGGCAGAUUUUAAAUUGUAUCUAGAUAACAUACAUUCACUUUAUAGGUCAUAAAUGCACAUCUAUGCAAGGAAUUCAUCUGGUCUGGGUCUUGCGUUGACAAAUUAAAAGUAUGAAGACAACUAGGAAAAACCUCAAAACUGCAGUUUUGUUGACAAAAUGCUUUAUGCUCGCCUACAUUUCAAAUGGAGAUGGUGGUUAAACCACUGAACUGGUAAUCAAAAGGUUGCUGGUUCGAUCCCAGCAGCCACCACCAGUGUGUCCUUGAGCAAGACACUUUACUCCAUGUUGCUCCAGGGGGAUUGUCCCUGUAAUAAGUGCACUGCAAGUCGCUUGGAUAAAAGCAGCUGCCAAAUGCCUAAAUGUAAAUGAACUGAAAUGUGCAGGAACCUACCUGGCAAAAAUAUAUGCUAGCAUGAGAUCUUACUAAAGAAAUAGAAAACACACAUGAGCACUUUCAUAAACCAGACUUCUCAGGGUCUUAUAUAUCAUUUUACUUACCUAUAAAGGGAAGGCCAUCUUAAAAUGUGUAGCACUGGAUAUCAAAUCUGUAUGCGAAGGAGCCACUCAUGUUGACAGUAAUGCAAAAAUAAUAAACCCUUUAGCUAGCUACAUUUGCUUGACUGAUAGCAUCAAUUACACAUUUUAAGCCCAAACCAAGAAAGCAUUGAGAACUGAUGUGUAUGUGCCGAUGUCUUGUUUAACAAAAUCAAACAAAUCAACAGAAUUUUAUAUGAUCUUCCUCCAACUUAAACACUUGUUUAAGAGAA